GCUUGUGCGCUUGCGCUUACAAACGCGGGCUAGUUGGCUCCCUCGUUCAGCUUGGCAUUGUGUUUUUUUCCUCUGUUUACAUCGCAUUGUGAGUUAUUUAGCUGAUAUUAUUAAUUGUCGCGGUGUGUGAGCUUUGCUGUACUGUACUGGAAAGCGUAUUUGCGUGUGGGUAAUCUAGGUUAGCUAAGGGUUUCGGAAAACAUGACAGCUUUAUGAAAGUUUGGUGUGCUUUAUAGGUGGGCUAGUUAACGUUAGCACUAGUUCAGCUAGCGUUCAUAUUUUAGAACAGAUUUGUUCGUUUGAGCGCCUGACACUGUUAUCACUAUGUGGGACACGCGUAGCUAACUGGUUAAACUAGAUUCGCUGUGUUUAAACGUGUUAAUCGAGGCUGUGACAGCUUGGCUAACUAGCUUUAGCUGGCGUCAACCAACUUUUGAUGGUGGAUGUGUGUGAGGGAAGGGUUUAGUAGGUUAGCUUAGCUAGUUACGCUAGCUGUAGAUGUUUAGUUAACCUUAGCUAGUUAGCGUUAGCUAGCUCAUAGUCUGUACACAUUUUCUCUUUGUUGUAAUUAGCAGCGAACUAACCAGCUAGCUGACUGUAACUGUUGUAGUGAGACAGGUCUUCUUGUGCAACUGAAGCAGUCAGUCAGUUAGUCAGUAUCCUUGACAGGGCAGCGAUGAAGCUCCAGUGCGAUGUCGAGGUUAUAAAUCGGAUGCUGCCAACGUUUGGGCUCAAGGGAAAGGGGAAAGGAACCAGGGCCGUGCUGUCCAUCGGGAAACACGUGGAUAAAACCAGCAAGCGAAGCAAUGUCUAUUUACUGAUCUGUACUGCAAAAGAUAGAGCUGGAUCCAAAUACAAGCUGAAGGAGAAUAUUGAGAAGUUCUUCACUUGGUUCGUUGAGGAGGGAAAAGCUACAGUGCGGCUGAAAGAACCUGCUGUGGACAUCUGUUUAAGCAAGGCAGAUGCCAACAGCUUAAAAAACUUUCUCUCUGCUGCUCGCCUCGCUCACAGAGGAUCAGAUAUAGACAGCCUUCCUCUCUCCACCCUCACCCCUGUCCGUGCCCGAGAUGUGGAGAAACCCAAGAAGAAGCUUACCAUCACGUCCAAAAAAGACUAUCCCCUCACCUCCAACUUUCCUUAUUCUCUGGAGCAGCUUCAGGUGUCCUACUGCAAGCUGUCCCGAGUGGACAUGCGCAUGCUGUCCCUCAAAGCACUCCGCAGACUGGACCUUAGCAACAACCAUAUCAAGAAACUCCCAGCUACCAUUGGUGACCUCAGCUGUCUGGCAGAACUUGUUCUCCACAACAACCACCUGGAGAGCUUCAGUGAAGCGAUGUGUCUCUCUACUCUUCAGCGAUCUCUGCAACACCUGGACUUAAGCCAAAAUCAUCUGCAGGUCCUACCUUUCCAAUUUUGUCAUCUACGUGAGCUGGUGAACCUGAAGUUGGAUGAUAACAAGCUCCUACGGCUACCCUUUCGCAUCGGGCAGCUCAGCAAGUUGCGCUUUCUUUCAGCUGCUCACAAUCAGCUGACUGUCCUUCCUGGAGACUUUAGAAAGCUGUCGCUGGAGAACCUGGACCUGUUUGGUAAUCCAUUCACUCAACCAAACCCUCUAGACCACACCAUCCACCUUUCAUUCCCUCUGAAAUUACAGGAGCUGGCCUCACGAGCGGUGCUGAAAUUCAGACUUCCCUAUGGACCUCACCUCAUUCCAUUCCACUUGUGCCACGAGAUGGAGUUCGCAAAGUUCUGCGACUGUGGACAAGCCUGCUUGAACUCCUUCAUCCAAACCUCAGUUAAUAUGAACCUGCACACUGUCUCUCACACGGUGGUGCUGGUGGACGACAUGGGUGGUACAGAGGCUCCUGUGCAGCGUCAUUUCUGCUCCCUCAUCUGUUACUGCGAGUUUUUGGACGGUUGUGUGCAGAGAAGCAUGAGAUGAAGCAUGAGAUGAAGAAUGUCGUCGUACAGACAUUUUACAUACUGCUGCCAGUAGCAGUGAUCACAGUGCUGACACACAAAAAACUGUCAUACAGUGAACCCUUAGUUACAGAGCAAUGUUGUGGGUUCCUGGUUUAUCAGCUACCUGCCUGUGUUUAUUAUGGAUGUCUGUGCUACAGUAGCAACAGUUGCAAAUCACAACUGCAGUAGCUCUGCAUCAGUGCUGGCCAAGAAAGCUGAUUUUGUAACAAACGGCUUGUGUUUGCAAAGCUGUGCUUUAUUUUAUUUUUUCCAUUGUCCUGAGACUCGGACUGAUCAUUGCAGUGAGCCUUGCUCUUCGGCAUUAUAGUACUUACGUGUUGUUAAUAAGCAAUAAAUAAAAGAAAGUUAUUUGAAAACAUAAA